UCACUUUUAUAUUUGAGAUCCAUAGAGAAUAAUAUACACUGAUCGAGAAACUGACGUAGUAGUACAUCAUUGUGUGUAUUGCUUUUAUAUUAUAAAAUAUUGUGAUGUUUACAUUAUUUUUUGUUGUACAAUACUUUGUGUAUAUUAGAGUACUGGGAGCUAAAUGUCCUGCCUUUCCCUUAUCUAUCGAGAUACAUCCAAAUUGACUUGCUCACAAACGCUAGAGCCUAGGGGCAACAGGGAACAGGUGAGGGUAAUGAACAAUCACUGUGGACUUAAGAAUGAAACACUAGGAGGAACAGGACGUGACUACAAAAUUAAAUGCAACCAGGGAAAACUAACAGGGACAAAAACAAGAAUCAAUAUGGAAAUAACAUAAAUGCAAGAUAACCAAAACGGGGAAAAACUUAAAAAAUGUCCAACAAAGUUCAGGCUGGCUUCUGGUCAGCCCUAAACCCACAAUGGUAGGGGAGCAUAGUUCUCAUCUGCAUGCUUAGCCCAUUCAGCCACACAGCAGCCUAGGGAGCAAGGGAACACACUAGGAACAGAACAGAAAGCUAAACCCAAUGAAACACAGGGGAAGGACUGGAUUGCCAGUGACACCUGCUGGCGAAACAGGGACACAACGGAUAUGAUAAUUGUAAAGGCAUUUUAUAAAUUUGAGGAUUAUGAACAUAUUCUUAUAUGCAGAUGUUCGGCAAUAAACAUGAUUCUGUCAUCCAUCCUUUUCCAAUAACCGCUUAGCCAGUAAAGAGUCAUCUUCAUAUUCCUAUUUAUAUUAUUAUGAAGAAUAAUGCAAACAGAAAUAUAUAUUUAACUACCUCAACCCUGUACUGGACAAACAGUUACAGAAGCUUGAUUGGUUGGAUGGAUGGAUGGAUGGAUGGACAAAAAACAUUAUACUGUAGAUAAAACUCUUCUGUUGUUUAUGAAGAGCCACACACACUCAUUGGAAUCACACAGAAUCUGUGGGGACCUGCUCUAGUCAUCAUUAUAUUGAGAAAUGUAUAGCAGUUAUUAAUCAAACAGUGGGUCCCAUAUGAAGCAGGGGUUUAUUGGUCAUGUUCUGGGUAUGUGUUCUACAUCUUACCACAAGGCCACAAAAUUAAUUUUCAUAUGAUAGCAACGUAUAAAUAUACCCUUAAAUACAUGUUAAUUACCUUAUCCAUAGCAGAUUUGGGGCUGUGGGAAGCCUGGCAAGUAUUCCAUCACAGGGCACACACACACACACACACACACACACACAUUAUACUAAGGGCAGUUAAGAGAAGCCAGUGAGCUGCAGGAGAAAACCGGCAUACAUUGGGGGUUUCAAUCCACACCUCACAAGGGGGAUUCGAUCCAGUAAGCCUACAGUAUGUAUGGAGGACCAGCACCUCUCUGCUGCCUCUGUGGAGUAUUUUAAUACUAAUUUGUAAUCUCCGCCUCAGUGACGUCAUUUCUUUGUCGGAGCAAAAGUUUCGUUUUCCGAAGAAACCUCACUAAAGUGACUGACGCAGUAAGGAUUUUGACGUGUUUUCACGCCGUCGGGAUGGACAAGCUCCAUUUGCUAAGUAACCAAGAUGUUGCCACGGGAGAUGCCAUCCCAGAUAAUUCUUAUUAUAAAGCAGACACCCCAAGUCAGCCCUGGGCUGACAAAGCAUCAGCUCCACCUGUGGACAUGAUGGAUGUUGUACCAGGAUAUGAGGGGAUUGGAGCCAGCGGGGGUUGUGUGCCACCUCCCGCACUGGAUGUUCCUCAGGCACCCUCUCCGGAAGGCCGGAACAGAUCCUGGCAGAUUCCCUCUAUUAGCGAAGACUUGGCAAAGGAAGCUUUUCUGGAGUAUGUGUCCAGCAAGUGCUGCUACCGUAGUAACCCCGCUAAGCAAAUGUCCAUAAUGGACAUGCAGCCCCUUAAUACCUAUAGGUACCGCCUGGUAACCUUUACCGAGACCAGAUCUAUGGACUGGGCCACUGAGCCGUACAAUGGUGGGAUCGUGGAUGGGGGUAUGGGAAACCCACCAGGACCAUGGGAUAUCGCGGUUUCAUUUCCGGCUCUUUUUGAGGAUGGAUCCCAAGACCUCCGUCUUCCCUACACAUCCACCGUAAAAGGCUGUGAAACCUGUUUGGCUCUGGGUAGAAUAGCUUGUACCACAUGCACGGCAUCAGGAUUUGUGCAGUGCUCGUCUUGCCGUGGACUGGGAAGAGUCACCUCAGCAGAGCAGCAGUGCCUUCGGUGCUCUGGAGUUGGCCGGGUCAAAUGCACCUCCUGUUCUGGAAUGGGCAAUAGGAAAUGCGGCACCUGCAAAGGAAAUCGACAGCUCGUCACUUACCUUAAGCUCACAGUGAAAUGGAAGAACAACGUAUAUGAGAGCGUGGCGAACAAGCAGUCUGGCUUCCCGGCGGAGAUGCUCAGCCAAGUCACAGGGGACAUGGUGUUCAGUGACAUUCAGCCUCUGGUGUACCCAGUUAUUGGGUUUCCGGACAACCACAUCAACAGGGCUUCCAACGAAGCUGUAAGGCUACACCAGGCCCAGUUUGGCUCCCAGUGCCGUAUCCUCCAACAGAAGCAGACCAUUGAGCUAAUCCCCAUCACCCGGGUGCACUACUCCUGGAAGGAAAAGACCUACAUCUACUUCGUAUACGGGGUGGAGCACAGGAUCCACACCGACGACUAUCCCGGGAAAUGUCAAUGCUGCUCUAUUUUAACGAUAAGGAAACGCCCACAAUUAUUAACACUCAUUAGUGUAACACUCCAAGUGGACAAUAUUGUGCUUUUAUGCUUAACAAGUCGGGCGGAUCAUAAAAACGAAAAGAUGCGUGCAUCUUAUUCAUCUUAUAGCCCUAAAGGUGAGUUUGAUCCAGACAUGCUGGAGGAGGGGCCGAUUGCGCCCCCGCCUGGCUGGUUAGAUAAUGUCAGUGGAUAUGAGGAGGUCCCAAGUGAUGGAGGGUGCACCGACAAGAUGUGCCCUCCUCCUCCAGAACGUGUCCCUAAACCAGAGAACGACCGGAGCGUCGUGGUCCCCGAAGUCAGGGUGCCGACAGUGUCAGAGGACAUGGCAAGAGAAGCACUGUUGCAGUUUGUGGGGAAAAAGUGGAGGUACAGCAGGAGGCCGGCCAGGGACCUGAUCUUCAAGCACUUGAACCCUCUCACAGUGUACCGUGUAAGUUACCGCUUGGAAACUUUUACAGAAUCCAGAUCUGGUUCCUGGGAGUUCGAACCUUACACUGGCCAGUUUGUAGACGGCCCUCAGUAUGGCACCUGCCCCCCACCCUGGGACGUGAUGGCGGAGAUCCCGCCCCGUUUCACUGACCACACCCAGAAAGUGAGGGUGCCGCAUUCGUCUUUUGUUAAGGUGGGAAGUUUUGUGUACAACGAAUAUGAGAGGGUUGGGGGUGUGGCCAUCUCAGGAAGGAGCCUAGCGCGAUAUGGGAAGGCCUGUUGUAUGAGACCCACAAUGAAAAGUCAACGGAAAAAAUUGAAGAAGCCUUUGUCUUUUUGUGGUCUUUGUUCUUCUGAGGCACACUUCAAAUGUGGGGGGCCACCGGUCCUGGAUGAACAGACGUGUGUGGUUGUUCCCGCUUGUGCGUCUGUGACCGUCGUGUGUCCGCAGGUGUGUCACCGGUGUCAUGGGCGUGGUAAGGUGCGCUGCGGUCACUGCCACGGCAGAAGAAGUACACGGUGUGGAUUUUGUUAUGGCAGCGGACGAUCCCGGAACAAGCCGUGCUCUUCCUGUCAUGGGUCAGGAAGGAAAAGAUGCAGCAUAUGUCAUGCGAAAGGUCAUCGAGAAUGUCCCUCAUGUCAUGGUCUCAAAUACCUGAUGCACUACAUUCUUCUGACCAUCACAUGGAAGAACCACGUGUCAGAGUUCAUCCCAGAUCGCAUCCCAGAGUUCCCUGUGAAGAAAUUCGGGAAGGUGUCAGGGGAUCCAUUCUUUGUGGACGAAAGCGUUUUGGUCUACCCCAUCGUGGGCUUCCCUGACCAGGACAUCUGCCGUGAAUCCAGGAGGAUAACCGAGGAACACCUCAACAGAUUCACCUCUGUCAGCCGCAUACUCCAGCAGCGUCAAAGCCUUGAACUGGUCCCCCUUACUCACGCUUUCUAUGCUUACAAUGGAAAGGAUUACAACUACUAUGUUUUUGGCAUUGAAAAUAAGGUUUAUACCUCCAAGUAUCCAACCAGCUGUUGUAUUUUGUAAUAAUUUCACUAAAUCUGUAUCUACAUGCUAUGACUAUACUACUGUGUAUUUGAUUUUUAAUAAAUGAACAUUUAUACAAUGAUAUAUAAUUUAUAUAUUUUCAUUUGCAAAAUUAAUGUGUGUAGUGCAUUUCUAAUAAAAGUAUUGCUUUUAUAAUGA